AUCUUCCUCUUCCUCCUAUCCCAGCUUCUCUCCAUUUUCUGCAAAACAUCUUCCAUUAUAUAUAUAAUAGUCUCAGUGGACAAGUAAUUGUAGCACAAGUACAAUGGAGAAGAAACACAUAGCAGUGAUUGUUUUUCCCUUUGGAAGCCACCCUGUUACUCUACUGAACCUGGUUCUCAAACUAGCUCAUGCCUCUCCAAACUCGUUAUUCUCAUUCAUCGGAACAGAACACUCCAACAACCCUCUUUUCUCAAAUCCCCACCGCCACAAAAUCCCACAUAACAUCAAACCCUACAAUGUAGCUGAUGGUGUCCCAGAGGGUCAUGUUCCCGGUGGCCACCCAGUUGAGAGGGUGAACCUUUUCCUUCAGGCUGGUGCUGAGAAUCUGCUAAAGGGUGUAGAAUUGGCACAAACAGGGGAACAACAGAGGAUCACAUGCAUCAUCGCUGAUCCUUUCGUCACUCCUUCUUUAAUCGUUGCUCAGAAGCUCAAUGUUCCAUGGAUUGCGGUUUGGUCACCCUUGUCAUGCUCUAUCUCUGCUCAUUUCUACACUGAUUUGGUGCGCAAAGAGUGUAAUGCUGCUGAAAAUGGUGCCAGAAACAGAGCAUUGGAUUUUCUUCCUGGUUUAUCUAUGAUGAAGGUUGAAGAUUUGCCAGAUGAUGUGGUGAGCAGUGGAGGAGAACACGAGACUUUGUUUUCAAAGACACUAGCUUCACUGGGUAGAGUGCUACCACAAGCCAAAGCUGUGGUAAUCAAUUUCUUUGAGGAAUUAGACCCUCCUGUGUUUGUUCAGGACAUGAGAUCCAAGCUGCAAUCCUUUCUUUUUGUUGGUUUUCUCACUCUUUCUCUUCCUCUUGCUCCUUUGCCACCAUCAGAAACCGAUGAGACUGGUUGCUUGUCAUGGCUGGACAAUCAGGAUGCUAGUUCUGUGGCGUAUAUCAGCUUUGGGACGGUGGUGACACCGCCACCACAUGAAAUCGUGGCGGUGGCAGAGGCAUUGGAACAGAGUGGGUUUCCAUUUCUGUGGUCUAUGAAGGACCAUCUGAAGAGCCUUUUACCAAAUGGGUUUAUUGAGAGAACAAAAAAUAGUGGAAAAAUUGUGCCUUGGGCUCCUCAAACUCAGAUUUUAGGACAUGAAUCUGUUGGGGUGUUUGUGACUCACUGUGGGUGCAACUCUGUAUUUGAGAGCAUAUCCAAUGGGGUGCCUAUGAUUUGCAGGCCAUUCUUUGGAGAUCAUGGGAUGGCUGGAAGAAUCAUUGAGGAUAUUUGGGAGAUUGGUGUGAAGAUUGAGGGAGGGGUGUUCACCAAAGAUGGGUUGGUGAAAAGCUUGAAUCUGAUUCUGGUGCAGGAAGAGGGAAAGAUCAUGAGAGAAAAGGCACAGAAGGUGAAGAAGACUGUGCUGGAUGCAGCAGGGCCACAAGGGAAAGCAACACAGGAUUUCAAGACUUUGGUGGGAAUAGUCUCUUAAAAUGCAUUUUUUUCCCAAUUAGUAUUUCUUAAUGAAGUAAUAAGAAGAUGAUAUUUUCAUAUGGUGCUUGCUUGGAUACCCUACUUUAGGCUUAGUGUAUCAUAUCCGAGCUAAUGUGCAUUAAACUUAUGUGUACCAACAUUAAGUCAUCAUUUCCUUUUUAAUUAAGAGGUACUUUUUUUUAGA